AAAGCAAAGACCCCAAAAUAACUCAUAAACCAGCGCGUACAGUUCAAGUAAUCAACCAAACAGGCCCUUAAUCUCUCUCUACAGACACCUCCGUUUCUCUCACUCCUCUGACUUCUUCUCCCACUCCCUCCUCCUCCAUGGAAGAAGAACAACAAACCCCAUUACAAUCCCCACCUCUACACACACAUAUACACACAGAAAUGCAAGAAAACAAUAAUAAUGAUGAUAAUAAUAAUAUGAAUAAUUUAAGAACAUCAAGAACAAGAUACUCAUCACUUGUGUCAACAUUUCGGUUCUUGCAAGCCCCUCUCUCCUCUCUAGUCUCUCACUACUUCCCCGUUCCUCAAAGCCCUAAUUUCACUUUCUCCAAUGAGAUUGAUGUUAGUAGUGUUGACAGUGGUGGGGCCGGUGGUGGGCCCACUGAGGUUUCUAUUGAAAUCAUGGCUGAUCAGAGUGAUGAUCGUGAUGGGGGUGGUGUAUUACGUGGGAAUGGUGGCGGGGUUGUGGGGGAGAUUGGUGUUAGUGAGGGUGAUCAAGUUGGGGGAGAUGAAGGUGAGUCUUUGAUUAGGAGUUCAGGUGGGGCCCACCAGAAUGUAGGUUCUGGGGGUGAUGAAUCUGCUCAGUCUUCGUCGUCGUAUGAGCAUCGGUAUGAUUUGCAGCAGGCGGCGAGGCUGAUUGAGCGGGUUAUUCCGUUUUCUUUUCUCUUGUUGCUUGUUUUUAUUCGUCAGCAUUUGCAAGGAUUCUUUGUCACAAUUUACAUAACUGCGUUCAUGUUCAAGUCGAAUGAUAUUCUUAAGAGGCAAACUGUUCUAAAGGGGGAAAGGAAACUGUCAGUUCUGGUUGGAUAUUUCUUAGUUUUUGUACUUCACGUAAUUGGGCUCCCUUGGUGGUACUGGAAUGAGGAUAUGUUAAACCCAUUAAUCAUGGUUCCUCCAAAAGCAAUACCACCCUUUUGGCAUGCUAUGUUUACCAUUCUGGUUAAUGAUACUAUGGUGCGGCAAGCAGCAAUGGCUUUUAAAUUGAUUCUGCUAAUGUAUUACAGGAAUGGCAGGGCUCAUGAUUUUCGUAGACAGGGCCAACUGCUGACUCUAGUUGAAUACACAUUGCUGCUGUAUCGUACACUGUUGCCAACACCUGUCUGGUACCGAUUCUUUUUGAACAAAGAUUAUGGAAGUCUUUUUUCGUCACUGACAACAGGGCUAUACCUAACCUUUAAGCUAACAUCAGUUGUUGAAAAGGUCCGAUCCUUCUUCUCUGCCUUUAAAGCUUUAUCCCGAAAGGAAAUGCACUAUGGGUCUUAUGCCACACUGGAGCAGGUAAAGGAUGCAGGUGACUUGUGUACUAUUUGCCAGGAAAAGAUGAGUGUACCAGUUCUGUUGCGUUGUAAACAUGUGUUUUGCGAGGACUGCGUUUCUGAAUGGUUUGAGAGAAAAAGGACCUGCCCUUUAUGCAGGGCAUUAAUUCGACCAGCUGAUCUGAAAUCAUAUGGCGAUGGUUCUACUAGUUUGUCUGUCCAGUUAUAUUAGAAAUUUUGUUCUACUUCACAGAUUGCAUUUUCUUUGCGGUCAGGGACUGUCGGCUGUUCAUAAUUUAUCUCUGUGUUGCUCUGAAAGAAUCAGCAUAACCAAUAAGAGAAUUGGAUUGACAAGGCCGUGGAUACAACAAAGAGAUGAGGAAAUUCCAGAUGAAACGAUCCCGCCUGAUGUACAUAUGUCUGGAAACUUGACGAUUCAAUAAUUUUAGUCUAUAAAGUGUAUACAUGUUCAUAAAAUCGAUAGAACCAUUUUUUAGUGAAUUUAUUGAUGUUUCAGAUUUGGUUGGUUCGAAAGAGUAAUUGUAUUAGAAACUGUGAUUUUAUGAGAAAUUAUUUUGGAAUGACUGGGUUUAAGUGC